AUGCACAGUCCCACCGCCCGCCGCUCCUCCAUCUUCAACAUACUGGAAGAUGCUGGUCCUCCCUCUACGCGUCCCCCGCUGCCCCUCCCCAUGAGAGGGACGGUGCCGCGGACGAUCCACGCGGGGCCCAGUGCCCACCAAAAUGGGCACCAUCAGCCUCAGCCCCCUCCUCUCCGGGUAGAGGGACAGCAUCACGGCACGCGUACGAACCCCAUCCGCGUGCCCUCUGGCCCUUCCUCCCCCUCCUCCCGGGCACACUCUCACUCCCUCUCCCAAAGUUCCCACACCCUCACUCCCCAACCUCCAGCCGUACACCCAGCCCUCCAGCCCUUCUCCCCUGACCUGCUCCCUCCAAACCCGUUCAACUCCCCCCGCCGGCGAGCGAAGAAGACGGCGGAAAAGCGCGCGUUACACAACGAGAUCGAGCGCAGGAGACGGUGUAACCUCAACGAGAGUGUCUUGACACUAGGCCGCCUUAUCCCUUCACUGCAGAGUAUCCACCGGCCGUCGCAGAAUCAGAUCCUUACUUCCACUCUCGCCUAUGUGCAGCAACAACAGCGAGAUCAGGCGAUCGUGGCGCACGAGCUGGGGUUGCUGUAUCGGGAAGCACAAGGGCUGAGGGAGGAGGUGAACGGCUGGCGGGAGCGUGCUGGUCGGGAGCUGAUCGAGCAGCCGGAGAGAAGCGAGGAUUUCCAGCGACUUAGGAAGGAGAGAGCAUCAGACGGCCUCUGGACGGCGAGUCGGGCAGCCGCAGGAUUCCCGACGAAAGCCGGCUAUACGAAGCCUCCCGAAGAGGGGCGAGUAGAGCCUGGAAUGAGUGAAUAUGAUGCUGGACUGUGCUUCGGUUGGAGGCGGGCAGGGAAAUCGUUCGUCGUCAUCGAGCAUCUGCUGGAGAACCGGCAAGCAGUGACUGAGUUCAUCCUAGCGCGAGCCAGCAUCCAGAACAUUCCAGCGCAAGCCUCCUAG